UGCUGCGAUUUCGAUUCGCGGAAUUGUAGCCUGCUGUGCACACACUCGCACUCACUCGCUGCUCCGCGGACGUAAGGACUGGUGUCAAGAAUACAGUCGUACUCGGGUAUCGAGUGGCAGACGGGGGCCCGUCUGCGACGACUGUCCCAAAGCUGUCGAGCCCAGGGCUGUGCGAGAGAGCGCGCGCGAGGCAGAGAGAGAGAGAGAGAGAGAGAGAGAGAGACGACGACGACGAUAGCUCGCGCGCGGAGUAUGCGGUAGGGAGCGAGAGGCCCGAUAACUCUUGGAAAAUUUCGCGGACACAAACAGUUCUAAUAAUAAAUACCGUCGCGAGCGAGCGCGAGAGAUGCAAAGUGGAGUAAUGUAUCCGCACACUCUCCCGAGAGCUGCUGCUGCCGCCGCUGCUACGAUGAAGAGGACGUGAAGAGGGAGAGAGCGAGAGAGGAGACUUGUGGGUGAGAGGAUAAAAGAUGGCCUCUGCAGAGAUGGAAGUUGAUGCUGCCACAGCUGAGACAGGCCAGGAGGAGCCAAACAUAUUGGAGGAGCCGAGCUCUUUAAAGGAGGAAAAUAACGAUGAAAAGGAAGAUGUCUCCGCUGUUCAAAGCACUAGCAAGGCUCUGGACAGCAAAAGUGCUGUGGAUCCCAAAAGUCGCAUUGCUCGGGGCACCAAGAGGAUGAGAGAUGCUGACUCUAGUCAUUCUGCUGAAAAGAAAGAGGCAAAAGAUGAUCCAGAAGCAGAAGCUAAGAUCAUGAGGUCACUGAAAAGAUCUUGUGAACUCUGGUCUAUGGAAGAUAAAAAUACUUUCUUUAAAGCUGUCAAUGAGUUUGGCAAGGAUUUUGAUGCUCUCCAGAGUUACUUCCUUAUACAGGGAAAGAAAAAAGGCUUACCAGAGAAAAUGAUUAAAAAUAAAGAACAAAUCAGGCACUUCUACUAUCGGACAUGGCUGAAGAUAUCAAAACAUCUCAAGUUCUCUGAAGAUGUUAAAAAAACGUCACAGGAAUUAUAUGGUUUAAUCAAUUAUGGAGAAUUGAGAAGAAAGUUACCCAGAAUGCACGAAAAGGUUCAAAUGAAACUGAACGAGCUAGUCUAUUGGGGUUCCACACAAGUUCGGCUGCGAGGAAAAACUAUGAGAAUCAAAACACCAAUAUGCAGAGCUCUUAGGAAAUUGAACCAAUUAGAAGGCUGGCAGGAAGAUAUAAAGCUACCGUCAAGAGUGACAAUAGAAUUGCGUCCUGGUAAUAAUCUUACUUGGUGGCAGGUGCAAGCACUGGCAAUGAAUCCAAGAGUUCGUACUCUAGUUCCCAUUCAGAGAAGGCUGUCUAGUAUUUUAUCAUUCUUACAACAACGAUGGAGACCUUGGAAAGCUAAAACUUCUGCUGAUGUUGAAAAUCUCAUAAACCUGGAGGGCAAGAACAUGCGACUUCUGCGCGUGACUCCACCAGAAGGCUGUAAAAUAACCUUGCCAGUUGUUAACUUAGGGGAAUACUUAACAAGCAACAGUGUCAGCUUAAAUUCUUAUGAAAAUCGACUUGGACUAAAGAGUUCUAGAAUUGAAUUGUUAGGCUCAAUGCAAUAUCUGAAAGGUGUUGGCAAGAAAAAUGUUAAAAAGUACAAAGGAGAUAAAAGACUGAGCACUAAGUCUGAUGAAAUGCCCGACAAUAGUGAUAUUGAUCUUCCUGAGUCAAGUGCUGCUCCUACCUCAGAGAAAGUAUCUGUUUCAAAUGUUGAAAAGCCUUUGGUGGAACAACCAUCAACAUCGUCCGGUGGUGGUUUUCCUGGUAGAGAAACGGUUGAAAGAAUUCGUUUAGGCUGGAAUGUAGAAGAAGCAAAUACUAUAACUGUUGGAGAUUUGUUCUUAAUGUUUGGACGAGAUUCGAAAAUCGUACUGGAAUACUGGUGGGAAUCGCCGGUACGAGAGGCAACGACUGAAAAAACAAAUCCGAUUGAACAACAGCAGGACAACAGCUUAAGUCUAGCCCUGCAAAAGCUGCUGUCGAUUGCUAAGCAUAGUUAUGGCACGAGCAAGGGAUACGAUAACGUAUCUGGUAGCAACGAAACAGUGAUCUCGUCAAGGAUACCAUCUACCAAAGAAUCGACUUUUAGACGACCGUUGAUACCUCAAACCUACCACAAAAUGGGUGCUCCAGAAGCCUUUAAAACACAGUUAGACAAAUACAAGUCGCGUUUCUCUCGAAGAGGUAGAAUCUUGAGGCAAAGAAGUCUCGUAGUGCAGAGGGUGUUGCCCAGUACACCCCAAACACCUCAGCAUCAAAUCUCAUAUCCGGAAGUUCGAAAUGUCUCUGUUGGCACUAAAACAUCUACAAUGACUGAAAUACCCUCAAAUGAGAGCAACAUCGACGAGCCCGAGAAGAGAAUCGAGCUAACCAUAGAAAGUCCUCAGAAGCACUUCUUGAACGUUUUGGAGGCCAGGGCAGGUGGAGAAGUAGCCAAAGUCACAAACUCGAAUUCGAGUAUUACCAGUGCUAUGCAAAUCUUGAAAGAGGGAGAGCAACAGUGGUUAAACAGCGAGGUUGCUGACUUUUCUCUGAGCAGUUUCUUGGGUCAGCUGGAAUCUCCGGUAAAAGGUUCGCAGCGAAGUCAAGCAGAAGUUCCUAUGAUAGAAAUAAUAAGACCGUCGUCAGAUGUUGCGAAUAUGCACUGCCUGAUGGGCGAAAACAGCGUAGACUACAUGGCAAAGUUUGCGAACUUGGCCUCCCAAAUCGCUUCCUCCGAAGAGCAAAAAAAGUAACGGUUUUACAGUGCCAUUACCGUCUGAUAAAAUUUUAUAAAGUCUGUGAAUAAUUAUACUUGACCGACGAGAUUUUUAAAAUCAAGCUACCAUUCUGAAGUAAAUGACUCUGACAAGUAUAAGAAUGUAAAUAUUAAUCGUUGUAAAUACGCUGUGCAAAGAUGUUCAUAAAAUGUUUUUGACAAAGUUUCUCAUA